GAAAUGGCGUCGUUUAGGUGGAUACUGCAACUGCACAAGGACGUCCCAAAAGCCGCUCGGUUCUACUCGGAAGGCUUGGAUCUCACCGUCAAAGUCUGCACUCUCCGCUGGGCCGAGCUUCAUUCCGGCCCGCUCAGGCUCGCCCUCAUGCAAUCCCCCAAUGACCAUGUCAUGCAGAAGGGCUACUCUUCACUUGUAUCUUUCACCGUGCCAGACAUUAACCAAAGUGUGACAAAGCUGAUGGUGCUGGGAGCUGAGUUAGAUGGUCCUAUCAAAUACGAAAUCCAUGGCAAGGUUGCUGCGUUACGAUGUAUUGAUGGGCACAUGGUAGGCCUCUAUGAACCAGCAUAGGCUCCUAGAAGCUAGAGGAGUAGCUCAAGUAGGCUCUUUGUCGAUUUUAUCAUGGAAACUUUUGAUUUUUGAUUUCAUUGAAAAGAUGUUAUUGAAAAUCAACCUCCUUGGUGUAUUACGUUCAAUAGCUCUAUGUUCAGUUCAUGUGAAAUUCACAGGA